AUGUGGAAGCACGAGGAGAUAGUCCGCGCUCUAUUUUCGGACCUGCAGUUCAACUCACCAUGCUGUCCGUACGCGGUGAACGGCCGUUUUGGUGGUGUCCGUAAGCGGUCCGUCCGACGGGUAGACAGGUUAUGUCGGAUUCCUAACGACUUAACUUCCCACGUUAGUCACCUUCAGUCCCUAGAUCUCACCCACGGGAUCUCCUACAGGAACGCAGCCGCGGCCCCUCUCACUCAC